AUUAAGUGAACUAAAACUCUGUUGCCAGCCUAACAAACCAACAAAACCGUUGGUUUUCCCUCCAAAUCCAAAUGACCGUUUCUAAAUACCAACUAUGAAAUAUGAAUGACCAUAAACACCAACAAACGAAUUCAAGGGCGAAAUGAGCAAACCCCAUCAAUUCUCCCUCUCAUUACUAACCAACUGCAAAACUCUCAAAUCCCUCAAACAAAUCCACGCCCAAGUCUUGAAAAAAGGUCUCGACUCUGACCCCUUCGUGGCCGGAAAACUCCUCCUUCACUGCUCCAUAAACCUCUCCGAUUCCCUUGACUAUGCGCACCGCCUUUUCACCUACACUCCAAACCCAGAUGCUUUCAUGUACAACACUCUCAUUCGGGGGCUUGGUGAAUCAGAAACUCCUCAAAAGUCACUGUCUAUAUUCACUCACAUGCUCGGAUAUUCAAAUUUCCCGCCUGAUAGCUUUUCUUUUGCAUUUCUGCUCAAAGGGGCAGCCAAUGCUAGGUGUUUAAGAAUGGGUUCUCAGCUGCAUUGUCAAGCACUUGUGCGUGGGCUUGAUUCUCAUGCUUUUGUUGGGACUACUAUUGUUAGUAUGUAUGCAGAAUGUGGGAUAGUUGGCUUCUCGAGGAAGAUGUUUGAUGAAAUGCCUGAACCAAAUGUUGUUGCGUGGAAUGCGAUGCUCACGGCUUAUUUUAGGUGUUAUGAUUUAAAGGGUGCUGAAGGGAUAUUUUAUUUAAUGCCUUUUAGGGACUUGACUUCGAUGAAUGUGAUGCUUGCGGGGUAUACUAAGGUUGGUGAGCUUGAGCUUGCAAAGAAGUUGUUCUUGGGGAUGUUAAUUAAGGAUGAUGUUUCGUGGAGUACAAUCAUUAUUGGCUUAGCUCAGAGUGGUUCUUAUGAUGAGGCAUUGAGUUACUUUAGGGAGUUGCGGAGGCUUGGGUUGACACCGAAUGAGGUAAGCUUGACAGGGGUUCUAUCUGCCUGUGCACAAUCUGGGGCAUUGGCGUUUGCAAUAACAUUACAUGGAUUUAUUGAGAAAUCUGGAAUGGUUUGGAUUCUUUCAGUGAAUAAUGCACUUUUGGAUACUUAUUCUAAGUGUGGGAGUUUGGAUAUGGCUUGUUUGGUUUUCAAGAGAAUGCCAGGAAAGAAGAGUAUUGUUUCGUGGACUUCGAUGGUUACUGGGCUUGCAAUGCAAGGGUAUGGUGAGGGCGCGAUAAAACUUUUUAAUGAGAUGAAGGAAUCUGGUAUCAAACCUGAUGGGAUCACUUUUAUCGCUAUCCUUAAAGCAUGCAGUCAUGCUGGGCUAAUUGAACAAGGGUACAAGAUUUUCUCCAAAAUGACAGAAGAGUAUGGAAUUGAUCCAACCAUUGAGCAUUAUGGCUGUGUGGUCGACUUAUAUGGCCGGGCUGGUCUGCUGCAAAAAGCAUAUGAUUUUGUGAUUCAAAUGCCAAUUCCUCCUACAGCUAUUAUUUGGCGAACACUUCUUGGGGCUUGUAGCUUUUUCGGAGAUGUUGUUUUGGCUGAGCGAGUUAAGGAGAGACUUGCUAAGGCAGAUCCUGAUAAUUCGGGUGACCAUGUUCUGUUGUCAAAUACCUAUGCUGUUGCUGGGAAGCAAAAUGAUGUUGUUAUGAUAAGAGAAUCAAUGGCAGAGCUGAAGAUGAAGAAAAUUCCUGGUUGGAGCAUGAUUGAAGUUGACAAAUUCUAAUAUAGUUCUGUGCUUGAUGUGUAGGAGGAUUUGAUAAGAGGAAGCUUUCCAGAAGGUGAGAAGAAAACCUAGAGCUUACAACUGAGGAAUGCAACAUUCCAUACCCUAGUCUUGGCACCUGUUUUCUUGAUACACAAAUAAAGUUAACCAACUCCCUUCCUGUCUCUAUACACUCACUCAUGCACGCACAGGGGCUCAAAUUCCAGCAGCAGGAUGAAGGGAAACGAAAACAGAAGAAAAGCGUAUUGCUUUUUGAGCAAUUAUUCAGUAAUCAACCUUCUCUAUGGUUCAAGGGCACAACCCAUUCCUUGUAUGCAUUACAUCAGAUGGCCAUGGAAAUCCAAGGGUGAUUCAGUAGUCAUAUGAAUGGGAGUAAAACACUGUGCAGCAUCACUUGACUGGAUAUAUUGAUCAUCCCGAUAUUUCUAAAAUUAAUACAAUGGACAAGUGGAGAGCAGUGGCAAAAGAUAUUGUUGGACAAGAUAGCUAAGUGAAUUGCACAGCAACGCUUUUCAAUUGGCCUGGUUUGUAGUAUCCUGAGAGGUAGAAAUUGGUUGAUUAAUCCCUUUGGUUUUUCUACAUGUUUAUCUGUUAAAUAGAUCCUCCAACAUGCUUAAACUUAGUUUUAUACAUUCAUGCAACUUUUCCUGUGCUAUGCCAAAAUAUGGACAAUGUGAAGAUUCUUGAACUUGUUUAUUUGUCAGAUUUUCUGCUUUUCUGAUCCUUAGGACUGCAUGAUAUUGAAUGUCCAUGCUCAAUUGCAAGAUUUCUACUUUAACCCUGAAUUAUGUUUGGCCUUAUUGAGGUCAUUUUCUUAUGGUAAGAGCAAAAACUUGUGAUCUAAGGUGUUGCUAAAGUUUUUCUCUUCUUUUCUUUUCCCCCUACUGAUUCUAAUUGACUGAAUUUUUUCUUAGGAAUGAUUGGUGAUGAGAAGCUGAUUUUAAAAUUUUUUAUUCAUUUCAGAACAUCAAGGGCAGGCUUGUUUUUUGUGUUUUUCUUUUCUUGUGUUAAGAAUUUUCAAAAUCAAGAAUAUGGAAUAGAUUCAACAAUUUUAGAAUCAAAAUGCAUUUUUAUGGUGUUAUUGCUAAAGAUUCCUUAGAUGUAUCUUUGUGAAUGUUUGUACUGAUUCCGUCUUUAUAGUCUGUUUACAGAAUUUUUGCAAAGUUUUGUGCAAAUGGGCUAAGCAUCCACAUACUUUGAUUCCAAAAGGUGGUGCUUACUGACUGAAUUAGAAAGGAUAUCAGCAUACUCUGUUUUUCUAAUGAUGGACGUGCUCAUACAGACUAUACCUGUACAUAUAUACUUAGUCAAACAUCACAAGUAUAUUCACCUAUAAUCUACUUGCGACACAAUGACCACUGUUGUGUGUGUGUGCUUUUUGCCCCCUAAGUACGUUCUUUUGUUAAGUCUUUCCUUGAAAUCACAGUACUCAUUCUACCAAUUUAUCUGUUAGGUUCUUCUUUCAUAAUGUUUCUUGUUCUCUUAUUUGCUGCACUUCCUUCAAUCAUAUUGUUUCCUUGUUUCUGUUUGUAGUAAGACAUCCUGUAGCUUCUUUCCCAGUAAGUUAUCGAACCAUUUUCAAUUUGCAGACCUUGUGGGCUAAAUGUAUCUUUGAAAUGUUAUUGUUCAUUAACAACACCAGAAGCUUUGCCUAAACUCUUUGGCACGAAAAAGUGAAAAACAGGUCACAUUUGAUGAGUUGUGGAAAAAUUUAUGCAGCUAUGGAAAAGAGGGUUUGGUAAAGGAAGCUGGCAUUGCUGUUGCACCUACUCAGGCUGGUCCUCUUCCAAUUGCAUUUAUUCGAGAUUUUAGCACUCAUUCAAGGAAUAAUCACUUCGUAUUUAAUACUCUUGGUCCUAACAACUGUCUUAACUUUAAUCUUUGCACUCUUAUAGGUCCCAUCUUUGCCACCUUAAUACUCUUGUUAUCUAUUUUUUUCUGGAGGCACCAGUUUUUGACACUCUUGCAUACUCUGCCAUGCAGGGAUACAUUUCACUAAGGUGACCAGGAUUCUGACACUUUGUCCAUGAAACCUUUCUCUGAUACGUUGAUUUGAUCAUUUUAAACUCAUAUUCAAUUGGUUGCUAGGGGACUAGGUUAUUAGCUUAUGAAAUUUCAGGGGCAGCACCACUGCAACAUGGUCAGUAGGAAUGCACGAAAACAGUAAGUUGGAGUUGGGAAGGAGCUGAGGUUGGAGCCUCAUUGGAGAAACAAAGCCAAACAUUCUAGAUUUCAGUCUAGAUCGUUUGCAAAAUGCUUUAACAAGACAUUAUUGCUAAUCCUUAAAGAUGAAAGGGAAACAUUCUUCAACAGGGAAAAGGAUAUGAAUCACCAUCUGGGGUCCUGAAGAUGGUGAAGGAAAAGGAGCUGCAUUUUGAUUUUUUUUUUGUGGGUGGCAAAUGGAAAUAUAGUCGAUUUCAGAUCUGGUGUUUUGCAUGUUAUCUAUUGAAUGUGGUAUUUGUCAGCUGGAAUAUAUGUUAUUAUUCUGUUCAUCAUGUAGGCCACAUUUAAUUUUGGUCAAAAACUUGUUUUUUAGAUUGGAAUUUAUUA